AUGUGUUUGGAUAUCCAGGAAUUGUCUGACAGCACUUCGUCUUGUCGAGUUAAUCUCCGGACAGAACCCAAUGCUUGCAGACUUACUUUCGCGUUAGUAUUGGAACUUCAGGACUUAGUUCUAGAACAUGUGGAGGAAAUAGCAGCCUUGGAUGCAAUGGAUGCAGGAAAGUUGUUUAGUGAUGUUAAGACAUCAGAAGUACCAAGUGCAGCGGAAGUUCUCUGUUAUUAUGCCGGUGCAGCGGAUAAAAUUCAUGGAACGACUCUCAAGAUGUCAAGCGAGAUACAAGGAUACACAUUGCUCGAACCAAUUGGUGUUGUUGGACACAUUAUUCCUUGGAAUUUCCCGAGCCAGGUGUUUGCGUGUAAGGUUGCCCCUGCAUUAGCUGCUGGUUGCACCAUGGUUGUUAAACCUGCUGAACAAACUCCUCUUUCGGCUCUAUAUUAUGCUUAUUUGGCCAAGCAGGCAGGAAUUCCGGAUGGAGUGAUCAAUGUGGUAACAGGAUUUGGACAUACUGCUGGUGCUGUGCUUAGCUCUCAUAUGGAUGUAGACAAGAGGGAGGAUGCAAUGUUGUUAACUGGAGGCAACACAUUGAAUAAGAAGGGUUAUUUCAUCGAGCCAACCAUAUUCAUCAAUGUCACUCUAUGA